UCCCAGCUGGCUAUCGGAUAUUCAGGUUCCGGGGCUCCUCAUUUCCGCUGAGGUAUGACCCGUGCCUCUCGUGCUUCUCCCGGCGCUGAAGGUUGGCCCCGCUGCGUGUGCCAUGUUGACCGUGAGGAGGCCCGCCGUACUCCUGCCCUCGGCCCGCUCGAAGCCGCCGCCCGGCGAGUCCUACUCGCAGUGGCUGCGCUCGGCCUGCUUCUCGAGCCAGGCCGGGGGUUGGCGCAAGGUAGUUGAGCCGGAGGCCUGGAGGAAGUGGGCGGGUGACGUCCAGCGGUGGGCACUGGGCUGGCUGAGGGAUCGCGGCGGCGGCGGUGGCGGCUCGAGAGGUGUGGCCCGCCAGAAGCUGGUGUUGAUUCUCGCCAGUCAGUGCAGCUACGUGACCGGGCAGAGGCUGCGGAGGGCACAGCAGAUCGGGCAGCUGUACAGCAACCUGUACUCGGAGCGGUCCCGCCGGGGCCUGAUCACCAGCCUGUGGAGGCGAUUCCACAGCCGGAACCGGAGCACUGGCGGCAAGCUGGUGGCUGCCUUUGCUGCCGCCUUCAUGUGGGACAACGAGAGGAUUCAGGACGAGGAGCUGCAGCAGUGCCUGAGCGACUUCCGAAAUCUGGAGGCCCCGGUUGUGGAGAAAGCCCGGAGCCGGGAGCGGGCGGACUGCGAGCGACGGCAGCAGCAGCAGCAGGAAGAGGACAGCGGCUGGCAGCUGGUGAUGGAGAGACCCAACUUCCGGCUCUGGCGCAGACCCAUUCCGGGCAGCCACCUGUACCAGUACCGAGUGUUCGGGACGUACAUGGAUGUCACCCCACGGCAGUUCUUCAAUGUGCAGCUCGACACGGAGUACAGGAAGAAAUGGGACGAGCUGGUCAUCAAGCUGGAGGUCAUCGAGCAGGACGAUCUGUCUGGGUCGGAGAUCGUCCACUGGGUCACGCACUUCCCGUAUCCCCUUUACUCGAGGGACUAUCUGUACAUCCGACGGUACCACGUGGACCAGAAACACAAUCUGAUGGUGUUGGUGUCAAGGGCCGUCGAGCACCCAGAUGUCCCAGAGAGCCCCAGCUACGUGCGGGUGACCGCUUACCAGUCGCAGAUGGUGAUCAAGCCCCACCGGUCGUUCGACGAGAAUGGUUUUGACUACCUGCUCACCUACAGCGACGACCCCCAGACAGUGUUCCCUCGCUAUUGCGUCAGUUGGAUGGUGUCUAGCGGCAUGCCCGACUUCCUGGAGAAGCUGCACACGGCUGCUGUCCGGGCAAGGAACAUGGAAAUCAAGGUGAAAGACUACAUCAGCGGCCGGACCCCCGACAGCCCGGACUCCAAGCAACUGGCGAACACUGACAGGCAGGAGAAAAACUGCAGCUCCCAGCAGAUGGACUACGCCUAGGGGAUUCCUGACUCCCACUGUGGGGGGGGGGGUGCUGCUGGACGCC